AUGUCUCCCUGGGCGGCCUUUUUCUGGGAGUGUGCUCCCGUGAGCCUACAAACAGCCAAGAAGCGGCUGUUCGAGUUUGUAAUCAAGGAGGCUUCCCACUUGGAAAACGCAUGGGUGGACACAGAGUCUUUCUCCAAGUACUUGAAGCCGUUGCAAGGGAAGCCGGCGGCGGCUACAUUCCCCAAUCUAGGGGGCAGCUCAACCCUAGUGUCCCCGGCACAAGACGCGACGAUGACAGCAGAGGACUACAAGCACAUCGGCUCCUUCUUUCGGAAAGCCUCUGCUACGCAGCAGGAUGCUGUCUUGAAGGCAGUCGGUGAUGCACUGCGAGAACGACUGACGAGGGACCCAAAGGCUCCCUUGUGGCUCAACACUGAAGGGAGUGGCGUAGCCUGGCUCCACGUCCGCAUUGACCCGACGCCCAAGUACUACCACCACAGGCCGUACCGCUCGAAGGAGUAUGGCUUGUCUUCGGAGACGUGUGAAUCGUCGUCCGUUUGCUAG